CUUUCCGUUUACGGUAAGAAAAGAAAGCUCCCUUUCCCCUCCUUCUUCUGAACUCCCUCUCUCUCUUUUAGCUCGGUGGUUUUUGUUCUUCUUCAUUUCGAGGUCGCAGGAGAGAGAGAGAGAGAAAAGAGAUAGAGUAGAGAGAGAGAGAGAGAGAGAGAGGAGGUAGGGAGAUGGCGAGGGGGAAGAUCCAGAUCAAGCUGAUAGAGAACACGACGAACCGGCAGGUGACCUACUCGAAGCGACGGAACGGGCUCUUCAAGAAGGCGAACGAGCUCACCGUCCUCUGCGACGCCAAGGUCUCCAUCAUCAUGAUCUCCAGCACCGGCAAGCUCCACGAGUACAUCAGCCCCUCCACCUCAACGAAGAAGAUGUACGAUCAGUAUCAGCAGGCGCUCGAGGUUGAUCUCUGGAGCUCUCACUAUGAGAAGAUGCAAGAGAACCUGAGGAAGCUGAAGGAGGUGAACAAGAAGCUUCAGCUGGAGGUCAGGAGGAGGUUCGGGGAAGGACUGAAUGGUAUGAGCUUAUCGGAAUUGUGCGGUCUUGAGCAAGAUAUGGACAACGCCGUUAGCCUGAUCCGUGAACGGAAGUACAAGACGCUCGGCAAUCAAAUCGACACCGCCAGGAAGAAGAAAAAGAAUGCUGAGGAAAUAAACAAAAGUCUCCUGCAAGACUGGACCAAUCUGAUCAAGCAUCUGAGGGAGGACGACCCGCACUUCGGAAUGGUCGACAACGGCAGGGAUUACGAGGCUGUGAUCGGGUAUACAGACGCCGCCGCCGCCGCUCGCUUGUACACCCUGCGCCUGCAACCGGACCAGCCCAAUCUUACUAGCGGAGGAGGAUCGGAGAUCACGACCUACCCUUUGCUCGAGUGAGACGAAGGCGUCGGAAACCCUUCCGACGUCCUCAUAUUGUCUAUUCAUUCUGUCUAAGGGCCGAUUCCAUCUGGAAUCCUGACUUCAUUGGUAUGUCGAAGUUUAGGACUUUGUUAUGUCAUCCUAUUCAGCAGCUAAGUUUGUUCUUAUCAGAAGCUGUUCCUAUUAUGGACCGAGGGCGAUUUCCUCUAGGGCAUCAUGUGUUUUAAGACAAGUCUAUAUAUAAGACUACUUUAAAACAAUCGAAUGAGUUGGUGCAAGAUAGUAUUGCACGCUAAUAUAUGUGAU